AUCUGAUUUUCCUCCUUCAGAUCACACUCUUACCACCUUGGAUCCAACUUACACAGCAAAAUGGAGGAAGUAUUUACAGCUUAAGAACUCCUUCUACAUGGCUUAUGCAUAUUGUUACAAUGGCCAGACCCUGUUGGCCGGUGACAAAUGUGGGGAAGCCAUCCGAUCACUUCAAGAAGCAGAGAAGUAUUACUCCAAGGCAGAGGCUCUCUGCAAGGAAUAUGGUCAAACAAAAGGGCCAGGAUCAACAGCCAAGCCAUCCGAGCACUUGUUCUUUAGGAAGUUGGGAACAUACAUCAGAAACACCCUAGAAAAGUGUCAGAGAGAGAAUGGGUUCAUCUACUUCCAGAAAGUUCCUCCAGAGGCUCCACAGCUGGAGCUGAAGGCCAACUAUGGUUUGGUGGAGCCCCAGUCAUUUGAGCUUCCAGCACUCAGCAGUCAGUGGAGCCAGGACGUGUACACUGCAUUCGAUAUUACUAAAGGCCCCAAGGAUGACAAGGCUAAGGAUAAAAAGGAAGAAGAGGUGAAGCCAGUGAAGGAGCCAGACCUGAAACCCCAGAAAGACACGGGCUGCUUGAUUUCUUAAGGAGACAAUCAAACAUGAUUCAACUGUCUGAAUGAUGCCUGCACUCGCUCCAUAAAGUGCGUGGCUAGUCUCUCAGUAGGACCUUGUUUAAGUGGCCAUCAACCAUGACUUCCUGGUUUCCCUUCACCCCACUCCUGCCUCCUGUACAAUGUCUGCACUUUUAAACAAAUGUUAACCAGAGUCAUCAAGUCAGAAGUAAAGAAAAAAUUUUUUCCAGUUUUCUGGUUUUUCUCUGUUCGUGUCCAAGAUGAGGAUUGAGUUACCCUUCUGGUCAAUUUUGGCCUAUCCUGGAAACGUCCAGAUUGUAUCAUCCUCAAGAACUUGCACAACUGCUGCCAAGAGGCUGAAACAGACAAAUUAGUUUGGACCCUAUCAGUGAUUCACUUUGUUGUUGGGACUUCAUUAAUAUACUGGCCUUGAGCAUCUACCUGCUUGUGCCCCAGAAAGACUGACAAACACUAAUUUUUUGAAUUCUAAACUUGUAUCUCACAUUCAAAGCUUUGUUUUGAUUACUUAUGUUAAUUAUUUGGUGUUAAUUUAUUCUUUUCACUUCCAUAAAUCCUACGUUCAUGUCCAUGCUUUUCCUGUUGCUAAUUCAUAUUCCUGAAUUUCUCCCCUCUGCAGUACAGUUUAGUGUGGCAAUUAAGGCUAGAGGUGGGGCAAAAAGCUACAACCACCAAAUUGCUGGAUUACACAAUGCAGACAAUACCAAUCGGCUUUGGUAUUCGAGAGGGAGGAGGUUCAGGUUUUUCAUGGGAUUACUUAAUCAGGCCUUGCCUAUGAUUCUUCCCUUUCCUCAAAUCAGCGACAGGCUAAUUCCAAGUUGAUUUUUAUAUCCUAUUCACAUAGUACUCAAACCCUGCCUUCUCAAAUAAGUGUGUGAAUGAAAUGAGGAAAGACAUUCAGCUCUCCAUUUCCCUCUUAUUCCCUCCACUCCCAAUUGUCACUGAAAUCAUUUGGAUUUUCUGCUCUAGUGCCUGUCCAAUUGAAGACAUGUAUUAAACAUUUUAGUUUGCGUGUCAAUCAGUGAUGCUCCUUUCUUUCGAAAGAAGAACAAAGAAAAUGUAAAUGAAUAUAUUACACAUACAGCUAUAAAUAUAAUAAAACAUUGAAUUUUAUUAUUUUUUGGGAAGGGGAACUUAAUUAGUAGGUUUUGUUUUAAAUGGGUUGUGCAGUCAGGAAUAAAAACAGUGCUGGAGAAACUCAGCAGGUCUGGCAGCAUCUGUGGGGAGAGAAACUGUUACAGUUUUGAACCAAUACCUUUUGUUCCUAGUUGGGAUUUCCUGUCACUAGCAUGCAUCCACAGACUGAGAUUUUAGUCUUCCCUAAAAUAGAUGAGAGGGAAAAAUAAUCAGCCAAGGUUUAUGUACCAACUGCUCACCACUGCGUGUAUUUAUAAUGUUCAUAACAGUUAAAGAAUCCAAUCUUAACUCUGUGUAACACUGAGGGGCUGAUGGCCCAGAAUGAAUUUGUGCCAUGGGCUUGGUCAGUGCGCUGAAGUGAAGAUGUUGCUGGUGUUUGGGCUGUUUCACAGGAUUAAUGAUCUGUGGCUAGUCCCUGGCUGGAGUCUUGGGCUGCAUACAGGAGCAUUCUCAGGCUGUAGGUUGGUGGGGCAGGUAAGUAUUGCUUUGUUGACUGUGGGUGAUCCUGAAGGAGGGUGUACACCAGUUCUGAGUAGUUCUGAUUCCAGGCGUGGGCUCCUUUAUCUGUUUUGCCAUUUUAAAUAAUGGGUAAGCUCCUUUGGAGACUCUGGUCAAAAUGGAGGGAGCACUGCACCUAUGUAGCACUAACUGGAAUCUACAUUUAUCUGUCAUGAACCCUUGCAUGUUAAAAAAACUUAAUUCAGAACUGAAGGCUUGCAAUGAAAACAAUGGGGAAAGUGAUGUAAGCCUGAGUGAAGGGAGAGAAAUGAAGGUUUUAUGUAUAAUAUUGGUCAGUAAUGACCCUGCAAUAUUCCUAUUCCUUCAGCUUGGUGUUAAAUGCUGGUUUAUCAUGUAAUCUUGUGUUGAUUAACAAGAUGAUGUAAUCAAUUUAUUGCUUGGUUAAAAAUAAACACAUUUAUACCAUUUAAA